AACGGUGCUGUAUUCCAUGGAAAAGUCACUGAUUUACAAAAGCAGUUCGAGGCUCAAUUCAAGGCAGGUCAAGUUGUCAAUGAGGAGCUCAAACUGGCCAGACAACACGUUCGUGAGGCCGAGUCUGACAAGUGUCAGCUGGAGACAGAAGUGCUCGGUCUCAAGCUGAUGAUGCGUAGUGCCGAAGAAGAAAGGAGUACG